AUGGACCAACUGAGUUUUGGCUAUGUUUGGUACAGAUUAGGAGACGCUUUCAAGUUCUUUAGGUUUCCAAAUUGGGAGUACCACGCACUGACUAAGUUUCAUUACACCGGAGGUGAUUUUUCACCGCAGCAGUGUGUGAAAGAACGUAGUGAUUUUUGGGGAAAUGGUAGUAGCAUGAUAGCGAACAGAGGUGGUUUAGGGUUGUGGACUCCUUAUCCUGGAGAUCUUGAUUCUGUUUCGCUGCCAAAACUAGCGCUAGAAGAUCAAAAAAAGGCGGAUUUCUUGAUUCCUUAUCCUGAAGAUCUUGAUUCUGUUGUAUUGCCAAAAGCUGUGGAAGUUGAAAUUUUUUGA